AGGUCACUGUGAGUGUCGGAUCAACUGCAUCGCACACUUGUCGUCAUGAGAGGCUUCCAGAGAUGCGUGUUGUCUGCGGUGGCGCUGGUGGCGUUGAGUUGCAGCGCCGUCGGCAGCCCAGCCAAGUUGGACCACUUGAGUGGAGCCACAAACGCCCACAAGCACUCAAGGGGAGGCUUCAAGGCGGGCCUCCACGACACCGGCAUCUGGGGAGCUAAUCUCCAACAACCUAAUCAGUUGACACCUCCUGUCUGGGGCCACAAUAGCAUUUUCAGCCUACAGCAAAACGAAUUUCCACGAAAAGGAAGCAACUCUCCAAUUGGAGGAAACACUGAUUUUGGGGCUAAGGCGAUUUUCAACGAACCACAACAGCCUGCUAGCAGUAACUUGUUUCCCCAGCAGAGUUUGUUACCGAACAGCGCAUCACUGAACCUCGGUUACCUUCCUCCAGUCGAAACUCCCACCCAUCAAGGCUAUAGCUACAACCCACCUCAGAAACCCUUCAACUUCUAUCAGCCACCAACCACCACAACCACCACCACGACCACCACCACCACGAGACGUCCUCCCCCACCCCCUCCCUCGGGGCUCUACGAGACCCCCGUCCAGUACAGACCCAUCCCCCAGAGGGCCCCUACUACACCCCCCACGCCCCCUACUCCCCCCCACGGCCUGUACGAGACCCCCCAGAGAGAACAGACCACGACCCGACGCCCGCCUCCCCCUCCCCCGACUGGUCUGUACGAAACUCCACAGGAGAACCGCUUUGUGCCGAACCUGCUACCCCGGCCCACGACCACACCGCCGCCCUCGAAGGCCAUGAUGUUCGGGAUGCCGUACGACUUCGCUUACGGCGUCAGCGACGACGACUCUGGCAACCACUACAACAGACACGAGACGCACGAUGGCAACGAGAUGCGAGGCCAGUACAAAGUAUUGCUCCCCGACGGCCGUACUCAGGUCGUAACAUACUACGAUAACGGCAACGGCUUCAAUGCCGACGUAACCUACGAAUAAACUCCGUACUCAUAGAAGCAAAUCAGCAUUUAAAUCUCUGAUUAAAUCAAAUGAAGCAAGUUGAGCAGUCAUUAUAUUGAAGAGGAAACAUUUGUUUCAUCCUUAACCCAUUAAUGCCGAGUGGUUCCAUUUGGAACCAGCAGGAAAAAUUGAUACAUAAUAAAAUUGUAUGAUCAAAUAAGUAUACAAGUGGAUGUGUAUGUUUGAUACACAUCUUGUUUAUGUUCUGGCAAAGUUUGGUUCUGCUGCGCUGACUGUUCCCGGUUUAGGAAACAUUCAAAGAUUAUAAAGACCAGGUGUCAGAUAGGACAGCUUGAUAUCAUAGCUUUGAUGAAAAGUGAGUAAUUUGUUCAAAAAUUUAUUAUUUAUGAGAUGGAUGCAGAAUUUUAUCAAU